CACUGCAAUAAAACCCUCCUAGACUUCCUGGAGAACUCGUGCAAGAGUGAGAUCCCAGCAGUAAGUAUGUCCGAGUGGAAGAAGAGAUGUGCAGAGGAAUGGAGCCUGCAGGGCGCACCGAUGCCCGACAGUCAGGACUGGAAGUCCGUCUACGACGCAAAACCGCUGGGGAGGAAUCUGCUGAAGAAUCCGUCGCCUCACGGAGUUAGCAAGGACACCCCUCCACCUGAACCCGACCUGCCUGAAGAGCCAAGACGUGGACCUCCAUGUUUCCAACCUGAUGGGGACUUUAGCGGCUGGACCACAAGCACUGAAACACUCCCCUACGACCGCAGUGGAAUCCCAGCAGGUGCUGUGAUCUGCCAGCUGCCGCAAUACAGCUGGUUCACCAUGGAGCAGGUCGUGGAUCUGAAGGCAGAGGGAUUGUGGGAUGAACUGCUGGACGACUUUCAGCCUGAAAUAUUCAUCCAAGACUGGUAUGAGGAGAGUCAGCUGCAUAAAUCCAUCUUUGAGCUGCAUGUGAAGUUACUGGGAGCAGACAAAAUCACAGUGAUCUCCGAGCACAGCGCCAAGCCCACAGAAGACCGCAGCGCUUACUCGCACACCUGGAAGGAGGUGUCACACGUGUUCUCUGGCUACGGACCAGGGGUAAGGUAUGUCCACUUCCAGCACCGACUGAAAAACCAGUACCUGAACGGCUUCUACGGAACGUUGUGCACCGACAGCUCGGUGAUGGUCAGACCAACUAAAACCAGCGCCUAAGUCCAGUCCUAAAGAAGCUGCAAUGCAGACAUAGUUGCAUCACACUCAAUGUAACCGACCACAUCAACAGAUAUUUCCUUAAUAAUGUUUAUUAUUAGUUUGCUGUUAAUGUACUAAGGAACACAGCAAAUCACUGUAUUUACUUGUAAUGUUGAUAGUUGAGGAAGGUAUUGUGAUGCUUGCUUUAAUUUGGAUUUUGGGUUUUCUUUUGAUGGAGAGCAGAAAGGAAAUUUAACAAUACAGUGUUUUGUGCCAUAAUAAAUACUUUUUUCCCCUCA